AUGGUUACUCUCAAGGACAUUAGAGCAUCAAAUUCAAAAAUAACAGCGAACGUCGCGCCCAGCGUCGUCGUAUCGGCAGGAGGAGCAUCAGGCAUCGGCAAAGCCACACUCAUCCAACUCGUGUCCCUAGGUUUGCCCAUCAAAGCCUACGUCCUCGGUCGUAAUGGCGCUACGCACAAGUCUUUACUUGACCAGCUUCGUCAGUCUAAUCCCCAAGCAGAAGUUAUCUGGCUGGAAGGGCAAAUAUCUCUCCUGGCCGAGACGAGCCGCCUCUGCAACGAAAUCAAGGCGCAUGAAGAGAAGAUCGACCUUCUCCUCCUGUCAACUGCGUACUUACCCAUGGGGCCACGCCAAGGAGCGUUAUAUCGCGGAAUCGACUGCGAAGGCAUUGAAAAGGCUUCUGUCGUCGGGUACUACAGUCGCAUGCUCACCAUAACCCAGCUUCUGCCUCUCCUCUCCGCCGCUGCCGCAGACCCUUCUCGCACCUACGGCCCCCAUAUAGUCAACAUCUCCGAUGCGGGCAAAGAGUCGAGUGACAUCUUCCUCGACGAUUUGGCACUCAAAGCACCAGGACACUUUGGCUUCGUAAACUACCUGAUACACACCGCGACAAUGACGACUCUCACGAUGCGCAGGUUAGCCGAGGACCCCCGCAACAAGGACGUCGUCCUGAUACACCACUUCCCAGGCGCUGUUGGGACAGAUAUAAUGAGGAAUCGAGAUUCCCGGGCUGGCAGCUGGCUGGACAACUGGAUCGUCACUAUGUUAAUGAGUAUCAUCGCAAGAAUCAUGAAGCUUCUAUCCACCAUUGUGGACCAAGCUGGCGAAAAAUGUUUGUACCUGAGCACGAGUGCAGCAUACGGCGGGAAGGGAGUCCCGCUGAAUGAUGGUCAGAAAGGUGUCUUGACGUUGAACAGGACGCCCAGCGGUUCACUCUUUUCCAUCAACGAAAAGCCGGAGCCUAUAUGA